AUGCUUGUCUCGGGCUUACCUGGCCCUGACGACGAUGGGAAUGGUCGUCCAAUGAAAAGAGCGCGAAAUUGGGGGAAUCCACCCUUCGGCCAAUAUCAAGAGUACGAAAUUCAAACGAACUCGUAUAGCGGUUUCGACAUGCCUAAGCAAGAUAGACACGAAGCUUCCCUCGCUACUCCUCACAAGGAGAAGAACCCGAGCCGUACGUUGUCCUGUAGGGAGUGUCGACGAAUGGGACAUGUCCUCAUCCUCCUCGAGUGUGAUCGAAAUUUUCCUUGCCAGUCCUGUCGGAAACGGGGAUGUGGUGAUAUAUGUCCUGAAGGAGCUCUGACCUCUGGAAGGGGUAGCCGAUUCAUUCUUGCAAAUACAGGACAACUUCAUGCGAAGAUUUCGCAACUCAGUGAACGCGUUCGGCAGCUCGAAAAUGCACUGCGCGACCAUACUAGUCCUGAACACCCUUUGCUUGCUCCAGAUCUUCUCCAAAUGAAAACCAUCCAAGAAUUUUAUGGGACGACAUCCGCUUCGCAAGCCGAACUUUUUCCACGAGAUGGCGAGAACUUGCAUCAAGCCGUGAAUACGUUGUCCCUCAACAGUAGCGAUAAUGCUAAUAUCUAUAUGAAUCAACUGACUCAAGGACCGCCCGAGGUGCCUCAAGAGGUGCUUCAGCUAAGCAUCACCUUUCCCUUUCCGUGGGCCGUGGAUCUCAAAAUCCGACAGCGUAUUCGAGACGCUUUGCCCCCUCGAGCAGAAGCUCAGUUAGUAUGCAAGGAAGCGCAAGGAAAUGCGUUGUGGCAAUACAACCUCGACGCUUCGGAAACAUUCCUUCCAAAUCUUCUGCACCACUGUUACGAGUCACCUAUUGAAGACCUCAGCCCUAGACGUUUGGCGCUAUUACUCAUGGUUCUCUCGAUAGGAUCCCUGGUCGAUCUCAACAAGCCUUUGGGUAAUUUAUAUGGUGAAGCUUACCAUCACUUGGCCCGUGCUUCUGUUUGUGAGAUUCCUCUCAUGGAAGAACCCGACUUCGACACGCUUCAUGCCCUCUUUUUCAUGAUCUGGUACCAUCUGAUUUUUUCCGAUAACAAGAAAGCUGUGGGGUAUGCUUGGAACCUAAUGGGUUUCGUGGCGAAAUUAGCACAAGGGGUGAGCUAUAAUCGUGAAGGUUCUCGCAUCAAAAGGAUACCUGAGGAACAUGAAAAGCGGAGGUUCGUCUUCUGGGAGCUCCUUAACCUGGAUUGUCGUAUGAGUCUUUCUCUUGGACGUCCACCAUCCAUCUGCUUAGCGCACGUUGAUAUUAAGCCGCCUUCGUUUACCGCCCCAGGCUUACAUGUUCCGCGUGAGGAGAUGAUGUAUCAUGAAUGGAAGAACAAAUUCUUCAUCGACUGUCUGUCGCCUAUUCUGGAGACGAUCGUUUCCGUCAACACUCCACUAUACCAGAGAACCGUCGAGCUGGACAAGAAAAUCCGCGAUUUUCCGAUUCCGGAAAUACUCAAGGACGACUACAGCUCCGGUUCUGGUUCCAGAUCCCUUGCCAUGCAGAGAGCUCUGUUGUCGACGGGGCGCGAUAUAGCUCUUCUACAACUUCACCGUCGACCAUUCAUGGAGCUCUUGAACAACUCAGAACACUUUGACUGGGACAGGGAGUUCGCUCCAUCACUCCUCGCGACUUACCUGAGCACAUCGUCCAUAAUUGGGGCGGUAGAGACACUAUUCAAUAAGGAAGAACAGCUAAGUGGAAGGUUUUUAUGCUUCUGGUUCAAUACAUUUUCCGCAUCUGUCACACUUUCCCUCCUAGUGUCCAGAGAACCUUCAUGUUCACUCGCUCCGCGCGCACUGGAGGAUUUGGAUCGUGUCUAUAAGCUUUUCAUGCGAGCCGCGAAAGUUCUGCCGUUCUGCGCACGAACGCUGCCUGUCGUGAAGAAGAUGCUUGAUAAAACCACACGAGGCGCUCCCGUUCCCCAUUCUGGAUCCUCAGUAUCUUUGCAAAUCUCACCUCAUCUUUCCUCGACAUUUCAUGAUUCUCAUCCAUAUCUUAAACAAUACUUGCAAGAUUUAAACAAACCAGUAUACAACAUCGGCUCUUUUGAGAGACCUGCACACAGUUACCCUGAUUCUCACCGACGUCUCCAGCCUCCAUAUUAUGAUGGCACAGGCCCUUGGCUCCCAGACAUAUACUCUUUCAGUACGGUAGACGGUAUAGGUGUCGAGAAUCGGUACAAACCGGCUUUGGCGCCACCGACGCCGUUCAUGCCUUCUUCGCCCCGGGUGGACGAGAAUGAGAAGGUCAAUUUCGAAUAUGGAGCAUUGACGACGGACUUAGAAGAGACGAGUUACAUGGCGUGGUUUUGA